AUGAACAACAGCCAGAACACGAAUAACGUCCAAGUUCACAAAAUUAUCAAUCCUGAAAACGACAGCUCAAAAAUCGUGUAUCUUUCUACGUGUAUUUUCAAACUUGGUGUGCAGGAGAAUAAUUCCUAUGAUGCUCAAUUGGAACGUGACACUAACAAGGAUCGUGUACAGAAAAACCUCCCUGUAUUGUGUCCAAGAAAUUGUCAGUCGCCUAGCUACACCAAUGCUGAGCAAAGAAAUGGUACUUCGUGCGAGAAACCAGAGGGUACAUCUAUUGCUCCGGAACCAGUCAAAACUGAAAAGAAAGUCAAGAAAUUUGUAUUUAAAAAGGUGAUGAAUCCUCCAAAGAGCAUCGAAGAAGAGAUAGCCAAGUACCCGAACUCGAAAUUCUAUGGUUCCUGGAACGAUUGA